AUGUCUCAUGUUAACGAAUCGCAUCACAAGCAAACUCAGGAUGUCUUGAGUUUGGGGGAAGGGCCGAUAGAGGUCGAUGUGGCACCGGUGGCUCAAAUUCCGGGGCUUACCACAGAUGGAGGUGCCCUCAGUGGCAUUACUAUUAAUGAAGUAGAUGAAGCAGAGAUGGCACGGAUUCAAGCGGCAGUGGGGCAGCCUGAGAUUUUGGAUGACUUAGUUCCCCCUGCCACGCUUGGCACCGUCACCGUGCAGCAGGUGCCUGCUGCCAGGGCUGCUGCUGCUGCUGCUGCUGCUGCGCAGCAAAAAGUGGCGCAGCUGCAGCAGCAGCAGCAACGGCAGCAACAUUUACGAGAACAAAGACAGGCGGCAGCAGCGGCGGCGCAGCAGCAGCAGCACUGUGGGCCGACUGCUCAUCAAGCUGCAGCAACAGCCCCCCGCACCGCGUCAACAGGUCAGAAUGAUCGUUGGCGCCUAUACUUGCCUCACGUUGAGAAGUUGCUGGAUGCAGAGGGGAUUUUAUUGUUGCGGCAAACGUGCCGCAUGCUAUAUAAGCACAAGUACCGGCCCGCGGAUGGAGUUCUAUCGUUUGGGAUGUUUAGGGGCGUAGAUGCACGGCUUCUGAUGGAACAAGUUGUACCUGUGGUGUGCAAGGCGGUUCAUCCAGACGUAAGAGCCGCUGGUCUCUCGUUAGACUUCAGCGGGUGCUCGCUCCUCAAGGAUGCAUCCGUAGCUCGCUUGAUGGACGUUGUGCAUGGUCGAAAGGAUGAUAAUAUCAUUGGGGGCGUUCUGAGGAGCCUUUGCCUGGACUUCUGCUAUGAAGUGACGAAUAAGGGUCUUGCCGCACUGCUGACAACCUAUUUGCCGGCGCUGGAGAGGCUUUCUCUGCGUUGCGCCAGGAGCAACGAGCUCACUUUCUCGAACUUACCCACUGAUUUCUCGGCGGAGAAUUGGCCCAGUCUGCUGCACUUUGAUGCAUCCUUCACGAACAUGCGGCUGGAUGCUGCGACGGUCUUGGCAGAUUGUCUGGUUGCCAACGCAACGACCGUCAACAAGAGGCAUACCCGAGAUUUCGAGCGGAAGUUGCAAGAAGAGAAGCAGUUGCGGCGACUGCUCCAGCAGCAAGAGAAGGAAUACGUGCAGCACAUCGAGCAAGCGAACCAGUUGAGGGAACAGCAGAUGGCGGUAGCAGAGAGGCUGCAGGAGCAGCGGCAGCUCCUAGAGGAGAAAGAGCGGGCUUUGGAGCAUCGCUUGCAGCUUGAACCGAUCCAGGUUGAUGGGGAGCCAGUCCAGGAGGAGGCAGAAGAUCCGGAGAAGGCCGCAGUGCUGGCACAGCGAGAGCUCGUGCUGCGGCUGCAGCAGCAGCUAGAUUCGCUAGCUGCUGCCGUCACCGCAGGAGAAGAUGCGGCCGUCGCGUGCCGUACAGCGAUUGAACACACGACAGCCGCUGCGGAUGCUGCUGGCGUUGCAGCAGCAGAGAGCUUAGCGGCAGCGGCAGAAGAGGAGAAAGCGCCAGUGGUUCCCUCCUUAGAAAUCGUGGGCUCUCUUGCGUCCAAGUGCCUUCUUUCGAAGCUCGGGAUGGAAACACACUACCGUUCAUUCUGCCACGCCGUCAAGCUGGGCCUUCACGAUCAGAUUUCCUCGCUUACCAAGGUGGUUCAGAAGGAGUUUUCGGAUCUCUGCGCAUCUGCUCCCUACCGGGGCAGCUCUCUGCUCGCGUUACAGUCCAAACGGGGGAGUGAGUUGCUGGUGAAUGCGCCAUUCGUCGUUGACACCUCUGAGGAUGGAGGCGUCAACGUGCUUACCCUUCCCGUCUCCAUCGCCAUUCAGACUCAGGACCAGGAAACGCUGAAAGUGCUGAUAAAACGGGGUGCCCAAAUCGACGUCUGCGACUAUUUGGGCAAAUCUCCUCUCCUUCGCGCCUGCGAGGCCUCCCGUCUGGACUUAGUGGAGGCGCUCCUCGAUCUCGGAGUUUCUCCGAAUCCGCAUGACCUUCGCUGCGCUCAUUUCCCCCUGCAAACUGCGAUUCGACGCAAGGACGCGGGGAUCGUGAAGAGCUUGCUGGCACGCGGCGCGGCAAUGGACGUCAAAUGCCCAGCGGUCCGCACAUACAAAAGCGCCUUGUGCGUUGCUUGCGAAGUGAACUGGCCUGAGAUUAUCAGCCUCAUCUUGAAGGCGGGGGGAGAUCCCAACUCGCGAGGUCAUAACUCGUAUACUCCUACGCUUAUGGCAUAUCAAUUAAACCCGAAAUGGCUGCCUCUUUUCCUGGAAUCUGGCGCGGGUGCAGAGAAGGGGAAGCGAUGGGUCUUGACAGACGUACUAAGUUGUGCAGUUGCAAAGAACGACAUCGAUAGCAUCGGGUUACUAAUCGACAAGUACCCCGACUUGAUGAACAGAACGCACCCUCUUUGGUCCAAGCCGCUGCUGCAGGCUGCGAAGCAAGGGCGAGUGCAUGUGCUUGAGAUGUUGCUGGCUAAUGGGUGCAACGUGGACGCGAAGGGGGAGGGGGGGCAGACAGCGCUGCUUGCCGCCACUGAGGAAGGAUUGGGGAGCUGUGUUGAGAGAUUGGUCGACCACGGAGCUGACGUCAAUAAGGCAAACUUUGAAGGGAUGACGCCCCUAAUUGUAGCCUGCAUGGAGAAUCACGAAGACAUGGUGAACUACUUCCUGGACCACACCCAAGAACCUUACCGGGUGCGCGUACACGUGAACACGCUGCAGCAGCAGCCGCAACUGCGAGUGGUAGAAAAUGCUCAGGGAGAGCAGAUAUGCGAAGGGAAGUGGAUUGUUGCCACGCAAACGCAAGUUUUGGACUGUAACAAAGCGGAAAAGACGGAAGGAGAGACGCCACUUCUCGUCUGCAUCCGACUGAGGAACGAUAAGAUCGCCAAGACGAUCCUGAAAAAAGCAAAGUCGAUUGACCUCGAGGCCAAGGAUUCCCAAGGCCGCACAGCUCUCCUCGCGGCUCUGUUUUUUGGUCAAUACUCCGUGGCAGCAACUCUGAUGGAAAUGGGUGCGGACGUGAUGACGCAAGACGACGCAGGCAACACAGCGCUGGCUAUUGCCAACGAACGGUUGUUGACUCCCGGUAGCGAUAAGCGGGUCUUGCGUCGGUUUUUACGUUUGUACCGGAGCCGCGAUACCUCGCGGCGUCACACUUCUUCCAGUGGGAUGUUACAGUCGAUGCUGAGUGCCCUGCGCGAUGAGGGGGGGAGCAGUUCCCACGUGGAUUCUGACUCAGGUAGCGGCGGCGAGGGUGCAAGGUUCUUCAGGAAGAAAAGCGUCAGCCGCAGCAGCAGCCGAGGCAAGAACAGCGGCAGCAGCAAUGGACUGGAAGGUGCAGUGGACACUAGACUCUCACGCAGCGACGGAGAGGCAGGCCCCAGCCCUUCAAGGGGCACAGCCUCUAGCCCGACAAGCAGCAGCAGGAAACGAACGGGGAAGAAGCUGAAAAUUGAGCCAAAGACAGUUCUGCAAGUUGCGAAGCUGCCGAUGUCCCUUUUCAGGGGGGCGAAGGCCAAGUGA